ACCACACUGAGGCAUCUCGCACCACAAAUUGAAAUUAGCUUUAUCUACAAUCACCAUUUUAGACCAUCUUUUUGCCGUGUCGUAAUUCUGCAUAACUAAGUUUUCUUUUAGUUAAUCUUCCUUCUUAUCACCAUUGUCUAUGAUGAGACCCAAAUACCGCUGGCUAUUGCUCAUUCUACUAUUGCUAAUUGGAUUACAUUUGAGAAGUUCGCAAAGUGGACAGAGUGGUAAUAAUCUAGCAUCCAUUCUUGAAAAUUCCUUAAAUCGUGGCCACACGCAGCGAAAUAAAAGACCACAACCAGGAGAACACCUUGAUAAACCUCAAGACGAAGCAAUACCUAAGAAAUCAGGCGGCGGUUGGUUUAGCAAGGAUAGAUUUGCCCAACCACGACCUCUAUCAAGGUUUAAGAUUAAGAAAAUUAGAGACUAUACCAUCUUCUUUGACAAGUUGGAAAAGUUUGCUAUAAAGCAACCUUCAAUUAAGGAUAGAUACAAGACUGAGAAGGCACAUGAAAUGUUUUCCACUCAUGUUACCCAUAAUCUCAACAAAGAAUAUUUGGAAAAUGUAUUGGAUAUUUCCGAUCAGACAUAUAAAGAGUUGAAAGAUAGUCAUCACCGAUAUGUCACUGAACAGAUUCCUAAAUUAAUCAAUGAUUAUGGUAUUAGCACCUUUGGUAACAUCCUUCCCUCUGAUAAGGACUGGAAGAAGUAUCAUGGGUCUUCUGGUUAUGUCUUGGUUGGUGGUGGCCAAUACACUUGGUUAUCAUACUUAGUCAUCAAACAACUUCGUGCCACGGGGGCUAAAUUUCCAAUUGAAUUGUUUAUCCCUUCCUUCGAGGAUGUCGAUCAAGAAUUUUGUGACAAGGUUUUACCAAAAUUCAAUGCUAGAUGCAAUGUUUUUGAUUCAAUAUUGUCCCGAAAAUUAAAGGAAAGAUUUGAUAUUGGUGGUUAUCAAUACAAGAUGUUGGCCAUCUUGAGUUCCAGAUUUGAAAAUGUGUUAUACUUGGAUUCAGAUAAUUUCCCAGCACGAGAUCCGGAUUACUUGUUCGAAUCAGAUUUAUACAGGAAAAACCAAUUACUUUUAUGGCCAGAUGCAUGGGCUAGAACCACCAAUCCAAAAUUUUAUGAAAUUGCCCAAGUAGACGUUAAGCCUAACAAGUUGAGAUACACCGAUUACGAUGUCUUUAUGGCAGGAGGAGUUGAGAAUUUAAAGCCUUUGACGGCAUAUACAUUUGCUGACUCUUGGUUCCAUGAUUUUGAGAACACAUUGCCUGAUCCUACUUCCGAAACCGGUAUGUUGCUUAUUAACAAAACCAGCCAUUUAAAGACGUUACUUCUUUGUUUGUAUUACAAUGUAUUCGGACCUCAUUACUAUUAUCCAUUACUUACUCAAGGUUCAGCCGGUGAAGGUGACAAAGAAACAUUUAUUGCUGCUGCCCACGUAAUGAAGGAGCCAUGGCAUCAAACAUUAAAGCAAUUCAAAUGGACAGGAUACUACAGCAAAAAUGAUGGAAAAUUUGCGUCAAAAGCAUUGGCGCAUUACGACCCAAUUGAUGCCAUUGAGGAUCCAACUGCUGGAGAUGUUGAUGUCAUAUUCAUGCAUUUGUCAUACCCUAAAUUUUAUCCUAAUUGGUUGGUUGAUAACCAUGAUUUAAUUUAUGAAGAUGGUGAACAUAUUAGAAUGUACCUGCAAAUCAAUGAAAAUGUAGGAUAUGAUUUUGAUUUACGAGUCUUGCAAUUCUUCACGGAAGGGUUAUGUCAUAAUUAUUAUGAUGCAUCAGGUAAACCCAUUGAUGGUACUGCAGGCGUGAGUCUUCAAGAAAAUUACAUGGGUCGGUACCUUUCCUAUGUGGCUCAAGAUUUUGAGGAGAAUACCAAGAGAUGUGAGGAAGUCUUUAUUCCUCAUUUGAUGUGGUUAAAGAAAACCGAGGGGCAGGAGUAUCUACAUGAUUUUUAUAAAGCAGCAGAUGAAGAUGAUGAGUAAGGAAAAUAUUAUUAAUAGACUUUUUUUUUUUGCAACCGCUAAAUGUAGUUUUGAGCUUUGAAGUAGAAAAUAUAGAGGCUUAAGUGAUGCCAAAUGCCGUUUCUGCCCGGCACUGCGGAGAAAACAAGUGCACUGACAAUAUCAGAGGGGUAAAUAAGUCACUAAUAAGCUGAAUUAUGCGCCUCCCUGAAUUUCAAAUCACUUCCAACAACAUGCCUUGUAUUAAUAAGUUAUACCAAAUAGCGACAUUUAAUACCAGCGUAAGCAGUUGCUUAAAUCAGAGACUACACACGAACUCAGCUAGAACUUUAUCCAGAAAUUUCUUUUUUUUUCCGGAUCAACCAAACUUCGAAGAAAUAUCAACAUUCAGAGAAAUUUUGUUUAUGAUAUUCAUGUGUAUGUCUCAGCUAAUAACCCAGGCGGCGGUGGCACAAACCAUGAACACUUCUAUCCAAAUAAGUGAAACAUUUAACGUUGGCGAUCAACCUGGUGAAAUUUCUUGGUUUUCUGCAGCAUUUUCCAUGACUGUUGGUACUUUUAUUUUAAUUUCAGGAAGAAUAGGUGAUAUGUAUGGAUAUAAGAAGUUAUUCAUAAUUGGGUAUGUGUGGUUUGGAGUAUUUUCAUUGAUGUGUGGAUUUGCAGGGUUAACUACAUCUACUGUAUUUUUCGAUAUUAUGAGAGCAUUUCAAGGUAUUGGACCGGCCAUAAUGAUGCCCAAUACACAAGCAUUAAUUGGAUCAUUCUACCCUGAGUCGAAAAAGAAAAAUAUAUGUAUGGCCUGUUUUGGCGCAGUUGCUCCACUGGGAUUCAUUCUUGGUGCACUUUUCAGUGGGCUUUUCACCGUCAAAGUUUGGUGGGCUUGGUCAUUCUGGGUAUGUGGGAUAAUAGGUAUUGCCCUUGCAGUUGCUGCUUUUUGGGUUAUCCCCAAGAGAAUAGGCGUCAAGUCUCAAGGUUCAUUUGAUUACUUGGGCUCAAUUUUCGGUGUAAGUGGGUUAAUAUUUAUUAAUUUUUCCUUUAACCAAGGUCCAAAUGUUGGAUGGGAGAAACCUUAUGUUUAUGUACUUUUGAUUGUGGGGUUCUUGUGCAUAGGUGUAUUUUACUUUGUUGAAACCAAAGUAAAGGAUCCUUUAGUUCCUCCAUCAGUUUUGAAAGGAGAUACUGGGUUUAUAUUAGGAUGUAUUGCUGCUGGUUGGUCAUGUUUUGGGAUUUGGCUAUUCUAUAUGUUCAGAUGGGCUCUACUAGUUGACGAAUCUGGCCCCAUUAUGGCAGCCGUACUUAAUAUAACAACUGGUCCAAUGGGAUUCAUAGCUGCUAUUGGAACUGCUAUUUUAUUAACUAAAAUUCCUUCAGCGGUGGUUAUGUUUUUAGCCAUGAUAGCGUUCCUUGUCGGGAGUGUUCUCAUGGGAACUAGACCAGUGGGACAAAUAUACUGGGCGCAAAAAUUUGUUAGUUUGAUCAUUCAACCAUUGGGAAUGGAUAUGUCGUUUCCUGCUGCUUGUAUAUUGUUAAGUUCGGCCUUGCCUAGACGACAACAAGGAAUUGCUGGCUCUUUAGUGUCUACCUUUGUCAACUAUUCUAUUUCCAUAGGGUUGGGAUUUGCAGGUACAGUAGAACGUUAUACUACGUUACAUAUGGAGCCAGGACUUCCCACCACUAUUCAUGGCAUGAGAAAUGCAUUCUAUAUGGGUAUGGGGUUGGCUGGAUUGGGUGUUGUUCUUUCUACCGUAUUUAUAUUUAUUCAAUUGAGAAAUAGGUCUAGAAAUACGAUUGUUGAAGAGGAGUCAAUUAAAAGUGAAUCCGGUGGUGAUUCUGAAGUUCAACCGUUCCAUUAAUUUAUAGAUUUAUAGAGUAAUUAAUAAUUCAUCAAUUAACGAAAGUUAACCAUCAGAUUUGUAGGAGAAGAAGGAGAAGGAGAAGUCAAGAAGAUUAACUGACUCGGUAUCUUAACUUCUUUGAAAAUCCACAGCCAUUUGCGCGCGCACAGGCACAAAUAAAUCUAGAUUUGAUCGAGUCCUGUUUUAAAAUGAGUCAGAACAUACUCUUUACCACCAAAC